CAGAGCACGGAAGACCUUGUAACCCGGAAGAAAUACUUCACAACAAAAAUUGCCGGGAAAUCUGCUCCGUCAGUGAACCUACCCGAGCCCGAAUGGACGAAUAUGAUGAACUUUUCGAUAUACAGGAUGACUUCGAGGACCAGUUCGCCGACGAGCUGGAAGUGUUGGCUGAGAUGGAGGAAGACCCCGUUAAGCCUGUGAAACGCCAGCAGCAGGACGUUUCAGACAUCGAGCACCUGCUGGACGAUCAGCCUGUCACCCCAAAAGCAAAGAGGCAGAAGCAGGAUUUCGGAGUGGUCAAACGUCUUUUCAACAAAGACCAGUCACAGAGAGAUGACAUCACACCGCCGUCCUCUCCGGAGCAGUAUGAACCCUCUGACCCCAUCAGGUCUAAGUCCUCAGCCCUGUUGGAUAUCAGCGGCUUGGCUACGAUCCCAGACACUCCCGCACGACCUCCCACAGCGGCUCCAGCGUCCCUCCGUGUACUGAAGCGGCCUCCUUUAGAAGGAGAAUUCAUCACCGUGACAGACUCUUCAGGGAGUCGGGUCUACCUCCGACAGAAAGAGGACACGGAGACAAAGGUAGUAGAAUCCAGGAUGGUACCAAACUCCCAGGGUUCACUGGGGCUGCUGGCCAUGCCCAUCGGUGUGUUGAGGGAGCGAGAGGCUGACAGGCGUCACCAGCAGGUAGUUGGCGAAUCUCAGCGUCUCACAGACCUGCUGACUGGCAGUGUGAAUGACAUAUGUGCUGAGCCUGAGAGCAGAGAGGAUGAAGAGAAGAACGACCCUGAGGACACAGAGGGACAAACGUCUCGCCUCUGGGUGGACAGAUUCUCUCCACGACACUACACGGAGCUGCUCAGUGAUGAUUUCACCAACCGCUGUCUGCUCAAAUGGUUAAAACUUUGGGACACUGUUGUUUUCGGGAGAGAGAGGAAGAUCCGUCCUGCUCGGCCUGAAAGACAGGCUCCAAAUCAGAACAAACCAAAUCAACCCAAUCAGAAUCCAAACCGCUUCAAGAGCAAGGUUGAGAUUACUGAAGAGCUGCUGGAGGCUGAACUGGACCAGUACAAACGACCCAAAUACAAGGUGGCGCUGUUGUCCGGUCCUCCUGGUUUGGGGAAGACCACCCUGGCUCAUAUCAUAGCAAAGCAUGCUGGGUACAACGUAGUGGAGAUCAAUGCCAGCGAUGAUCGCAGCGCAGAGAUUUUCCAGAAACGCAUCGACACGGCGACACAGAUGAAAUCAGUUUUAGGAGUCAAUGAGAAACCAAACUGCCUCAUCAUUGAUGAGAUCGAUGGAGCACCAGCGGCAGCGAUCAACAUCCUGUUAACGGCUCUGAACAGAAAAGAUGGACACGGUGGGGAAGCUGUUUCAGAACCAAUGAAGAAGAAAAAGAAGAAGGAGUCCAUCCUGCUCCGACCAAUCAUCUGCAUCUGUAACGACAUGUAUGUUCCAGCUCUCAGACCUCUCCGGCAGCAGGCCUUCCUCCUGACGUUCCCACAGACACAACCUUCCCGCCUCGCACAGAGACUGUCGGAGAUCUCAAUCAAACAGGGAAUGAAGACGGACACGGGCACUCUGAUGUCACUUUGUGAGAAGACGGACAAUGACAUCCGGUCUUGUAUCAACACACUGCAGUUCCUCCAUGGUCGCGGCCUGAAGAAGGUGGACACCAGGACCAUCCAGUGUGUCUCUGUGGGACAGAAGGACCAGAACAAAGGCUUGUUCUAUCUGUGGCAGGCGAUCUUCCAGUUACAACGUGUUAAACGGAAACGUAUCGGUGAGACGUUUGAGGAGGCUCCAGGCUCAGGAGGUGGAGCUCAGAGGUUUCAGCACAUUCUACACUUGGCUUCAUCCAGCGGAGAAUAUGAAAAAGUUUCUCAGGGUCUGUAUGAUAACUAUCUAUCCAUGCGUGUGAGGGAUCCGAACAUGGAGAGCGUGUGUGAGGCUCUGGAAUGGCUGAGCUUCUCAGACAGGCUGAAUCAUGUGAUCAUGCACGGACAAAACUUCACCCUGAUGAGAUACCUGCCCUUCCUGUCGGUCACAUUCCAUUUCCUGUUCGCCCACACACACGUGCCCCGGAUCAGCUACCCACACAGCCAGCACGAGUUCUCCUCAAAGCUCCUCAGCAGCAGGAACGCUCUGUCCACCAUGUUAGCAGACAUCCCAGCAAGCGUCAGAACGAGGAUCAGCCAGCUCAGCCUGACCCUCGAUAUUCUCACCCUGCUCCUCGACAUCAUCUGUCCCAAACUAAGGCCGGUGAAUCCACAGCUCUUCAGCAGCAGAGAGAAGGAGCAGAUGAGAGAGCUGAUCAACACAAUGCUGGCUUACAACCUCUCAUACAGGCAAGACCGCACGCCUGAGGGACAGUACAUGUACAUGCUGGAGCCACGAGUUGAGGAGGUAGUGAAGUUCCCCGGCCUGCCUCCGCGCCGCCAGCUGACGUAUCAGGCCAAACAAACGAUCAGCAGAGAAAUGGAGCAGGAGAAGAUGAGGAGAGCCGAGCAGAUGAUGCUGCAGAGAAACCCUGCACGGAGAGAGGCCGAUAAGAAGAGCGCCGGGCCUAAAGGGAGCAGGAACCACGAGCAGAGGCUGGAGAACAUCGUCAAACAGACCAUAGUGGAGAUCAGGCCGGAGUUGGAUUUUUUCGGUCGAACCCUCGCCCCCAAACCUCAGAGGUCUCAGCUGUCCUCAGACUCAGGUGAGAAGAGUGCAGAGUUUUGUAUGGGAACAGCUGUGGGCAACAGUGACGUAUGGUUCCGCUUCAACGAGGGGAUGUCCAACGCUGUCAGACGAAAUGUUUACAUCAGAGAACUACUGUAACCAUGAAACCCCCCCCCCCACACACACACGCAUGUAAACACAGAAUAAAUCCAGACAGUAUCUGUUAACUUCAAAACAGUCUUUAUUUUGAUUGACAGUGUAAAGAGCCAAUAAAAACGUGUUGUUGAACAUU